AUGUCAUCCAAGAUGGGUGUGACUACCCUCGUGGUAGGGAUGUUCCUCACGGGAUGUGCUAACAGUCUAUUAUCGAAAUACCAAGAUAUGGAAUGUGUAGAGGACUGUGGACCUGAUGCACCUGGACCUCGACUCGAUUUCGAGCAGCCUGUAUGGCAAACGUUAAAUAUGUUUGCUGGAGAAUUCCUUUGUUUCAUCCCGCUCUUACUAUCAUAUCAUAAUCGAGCGGAUAAGGUGAUCGCACCCCCUCAAGCGUCCAUGUUUACUCGUAUCUUAGCAAGACUCCCACUCGGACAAAGAUCAGGACCUUACGAGGCUUUGGAUGAGGAAGAAGAUGAGAACCAACCGCUUAUUGCCUCGGUAUCGGAAGAUAAGCUGUUGACAGGAUGGAGGGUAUGCUGGAUGUGGUUCCCAGCGUUCUUUGACAUUUGCGGUACCACUCUCAUGAACGUCGGUCUCAUCCUUACACCCGUAUCAAUCUACCAAAUGUCACGAGGUGCAUUGGUACUUUGGGUUGGGGUCCUAUCUGUCAUCUUCCUCCGACGUCAUCUAUGGUUGUAUCAAUGGGCAGCUCUAGUCAUAGUCACAUUGGGUGUUUGCCUCGUGGGCCUAUCAGGAAGUUUAGUCAAGAAACAACUAUCCGACCCUAUCGAUCUUCUUAUCACUCUCGCCGAAAGACCAGAUGAUGAUCCAGCUCGUGUCGCUUUGGGUGUAUUGCUCAUCCUCUUCGCCCAGAUAUUUACCGCAAGUCAAUACGUGGUAGAAGAGAAGAUCAUGUCUCACUAUAAAGUCGAGCCGCUCGCUGCUGUCACUCUAGAAGGGUUCUUCGGUCUGACUACGACUCUGAUCGGUAUGCCAUUCUUACAUAUUUGCUUCCGAAAGAGAUCACCAUAUUUCGAUAUUCCCAGAGGAUGGCAUCAGAUCAUCUCUACUCCUACGGUAUACGGUUCAUGCUUCGCUAUCAUGUUUAGUAUUGGUGCUUUCAACUUUUUCGGACUGAGUGUAACUCAUAGAUUUGGGUUUAGGUUGGGAGAAGUUGGUAUGGCCUUUCACACUACUACAAGUUGGAGGAUUCGCCAUGCUAGUGUAAGUCAGCUGGGAAGAAACGUCGCUAACAAUCAUGCUAGCUACGGUACAUUCGUGUUCAAUGGUCUGGUCAAACCGAUCAUCUUCCCUCCUCCACCCAGUAUUCACCUUCCCCACGAACCUGAGUUGGAAGAGACUAGUGAUGUCCCCGCAGCUGGCGCUCAGACUAGAGCAGGUUACGAUGUCGUUCCGGAUGAAGAGUGUGCAAGGUGA